CUCUGGUGGGCGUGGAUCCGGAGCUCAGGUCUUCCUGCUCUGUUGAACACGUGGUUCGCCUUCAGUUCCUGUCGGUGUGUGGAGGCUUCCAGUCCAACCGUCACCCCCUUAUUUUCCCUCCCCGUAUUUCUGUAUAAUCGCUGGAAGGGGAGACGUUCUCCUGCUCUCUUUGUACCCCUCCUCCUCCUCCAUUUCUUCGGUCAUGACGCUGGAAGCGAUCCGCUACCGGUCCGGGUCCCUGCAGAUCCUCAACCAGCUGCUGCUGCCACACCAGACCGUCUAUGAGGACAUCCGCUCGGUGCAGAAUGCCUACCAGGCCAUCAAGUCCAUGAAGGUGCGAGGAGCUCCUGCCAUUGCCAUCGUGGGCUGCCUCAGCUUGGCCGUGGAGCUGCGGGCGGGUGCUGGGGGCGACGACCCUGUAACAUUCAUCAGGGAAUCCCUGUGUCACCUCACUUCAGCCAGGCCCACUGCUGUCAACAUGGGCAGAGCCGCCCGCGAGCUGAUGGAGUUUGCAGAGAACGAGAGCAUGGAGAAAAACUCUGAGCAGCUCAGGGAGAGUGUAAUUUCAUGGAUUGAAGACAUGCUGGAGCGUGACGUUAACGACAACCGGAAGAUCGGUAACUAUGGAGCCCAGCACAUCCUGUCCGGCGUCCCGAGGGACUCUGUGACCAUCCUCACGCACUGCAACACCGGUUCUCUGGCCACGGCCGGUUACGGCACGGCGCUGGGCGUUGUAAGAAGUCUCCAUGCUCUGGGCCGGCUGAAGCGCGUUUACUGCACAGAGACGAGGCCCUACAACCAGGGGUCCCGGCUGACUGCGUACGAGGCGGUCGCAGAGGGCAUCCCUGCUACGCUCAUCACUGACAGCAUGGCGGCACUCACCAUGAGGGAAAAGAACAUCUCAGCUGUGGUUGUUGGUGCUGACCGGGUCGUCGCAAACGGUGACACAGCCAACAAGGUGGGUACCUACCAGCUGGCCAUCGCUGCAAAGCACCAUGGGAUCCCCUUCUACGUAGCUGCACCCAGCACAUCAUGUGACUUGAGUCUUGAGAGCGGGAGAGACAUCAUCAUUGAAGUCCGACCCCCUGAGGAGCUCACCAGUAUAAACGGAGUCCCCAUCGCUGCACCAGGUGUCGAGGUGUGGAACCCGGCGUUCGACGUGACGCCUCACCAGCUCAUCACUGGAGGCAUCAUCACCGAGCUUGGGGUCUUCCUCCCGUCAGAGCUCCAGGCGGCGCUCACGGGUCGCCUCACCGCGCUCUAGAAAGCCUCCCCUCGCCUCCUGCUGGCCCUGAUGCACUACUGCACAUCCACGUCACAUGCUCUAAAGGACACUCUUGUCUUCACUGAGGGUGCACAGUUUGUGGUUUGCUUUUGUUUUAAUCAAUGCACAGUCGCUGUAACGUGUCAGUGGUGCACUGUCCAAAAAUCUUUAAUCUGCCAGCUACAAACAAACAAACAAAAAAAAAGACAGGAUUUUUCAGAGCAGGGGGUCAAAAUGUAAGCAGUCUCUUUCUUUUUAGAUUCUCGUUCAGUAAUUUUCACUUCUCACUUAUUCCCCAUCCCGCAUCUCAUUUCCCUGUUUUUUUAAAAACUCUUUUCAAUCAGGUUCUGCACGGAGCUCAGCUUGACUCAACCUAAUUCAAUUGGGCAAAGUAAAUGACUAGCUGAGGGGGGGAAAAAAUAAAGCCACACAAAAAAAAAAAAAAAAAAGGGACUAACUCCUU